AUGGGUUUUCAGGCAAAAAUUUUGGUUCCUCCUUUAUGUAGAGUAGCAGAAUUGAAAAGUAUUGUCGCCGACGCUACUGAUGUACCAGCUGAUAAGCAGGUGUUGCUGUACAAUGACGUCGAAUUAAAGAAUGACAGCAAUACCAUAGCGACUUACGGAAUAACAAAAGACUGCAACAUCACAUUAAACAUAAAGAUGAGUACCGGCUCUAAAGUGGCAAGAUCCCAUGUCAACAUGAGCAUGCUUUUCAUGCCGUUGGUCAUGCAACAAGGAAGUAUUCCGAGUUUGCGUAAUACCAUCAAGCAGAUGACAAGCGUGCGAGGGCGACCCAUCUACCGUGGGAAAGUUGAUACCUCAAAGGAAUACUCGACCACCUGGACACCAGCGAAACAGAUGGAGCAUGAGUUGACAAGAAAUCGCAUGAGGCGUCUUCUUCGGACAAGAACAACGAGGAAGAUACUAACGGAAGCUUCAUCAAGAGCAUCACCGACACCCACACAGACUGACACUGAAAAGAGCUCAAGUAGCGACACAAAAUCCACGUCAAAAUCCUCUACAAAAAUCGGCUCCAGCUCCUUAUGA